ACAUCAAUUGUUGCUUUAAAACAAUGAGCUUGUGUAUAAUUGGUGCCGGCACUGCAGGACUUUGUUGUGCUCGACGUGCAGUUGAGCUCAAUCAAACUCCUACAGUAUUUGAACUUUCGAAUCAAGUUGGAGGAACAUGGGUUUAUGACAAAAAUACUGGAACAGUUGACGGCAUCGAUGUGCACAGCAGUAUGUAUGCAAAUUUGCGCACAAAUUUACCCAAGGAGAUCAUGGGAUACCCAGACUUUGAAAUCGGUGCCAAGAAAGAAUCUUAUAUCUCAUCUGAAGACAUUUGUGCCUUUCUAAAUCUGUACGCUGAUCAUUUCCAAUUGAGAAAACACAUAAAAUUUAAUUCAUACGUGAUACGGGUUUUAAAAAAAAGAGAGAAGUGGCAAGUACUUGUGAAGAAUUUAUUGACAAAUAAUAUGGAAUUUUAUUACUUUGACAAAAUACUCAUUGCAAAUGGACACUAUCAUACACCAAAUUAUAUACAAAUUACGAAUGCAAAUCUAUUUAGAGGUCAAUAUUUGCACAGCCAUGAUUACAGAAACAACGAUCUCUUUCAUGGAAAGACUGUAUUGGUAAUUGGAGGAGGACCAAGUGCCUUGGACUUAUCAAAUAUAAUAUCAAAGGCAGCAAAACAAGUCGUACUAAGCCAUCAUUUAAAUGGUAUUUCAAGUUCAAUUUUUUUUAAAAAUGUUGUCACCAAACCAGAUGUUAAGGAGUUUACUGAAAAUGGAGCAUAUUUUAUGGAUGGAUCUUACACAGAAUUUGAUAUAGUAUUUUUCUGUACUGGAUACAAGUACUCCUUCCCGUUUCUCAGUGUUACUUCUGGUAUAUACGUCGAAGACAACUGUGUCCAAAUGCUUUACAAACAGUGCAUCAAUAUACGAAAUCCAACAAUGGCAUUUAUUGGACUACCGUUCUACGUAUGCGCCGCUCAAAUGAUGGAUUUACAAGCACGGUUUGUUUUAAGUUACUUUUUUGGAACAAACAAAUUGUUAUCAAGCACAGAAAUGACAGCAGAUACACUACAAAACAUGCAAAAACUCUGGGAAAGGGGUUACAAAAAGCGACAAGCUCAUAUGCUGGGGAUCGAUCAGAUGCAGUAUUUCAAUGAAUUAGCCGAGACGGCGAAGAUUGGAAACAUCAAACCUGUUAUGGCAAAACUACAUUGUGAAAGCAGUAACUGUUUUAAUGAAAAUUUGAUUUACUUUCGUGAUGACAUUUUUAAGAUUAUUGACAGUGAAACAUUUAUAAAAUUGAAUUGAUGAUUAUAAUAUUUUUAUACCCAGAUCCCAUUGAAAAUAGGUAGACCAUUUAUACCCAAAGGUUUGUCCGUCCGCAUGUAUAAUCGCGAAAAUCUCAGAACCUACAAGAUGAUAAGCCAGGGACUGGAAAUUUCGAACGUAGGUCCUCUUAGUACCGCGCGGUUCGCCCUUUUUCCGAUAGUCGAUAACCUGCCCCAUUUCCAAGCAUUCCAUAAAAAUCGAUAUCGAAAUACUAUUUUUUUUAACAAACCUCCUAAGUUUUAAGAGUUAGACUCAUCAAACUUGAAAUGUAGUUUCUAGAUAGAAUAUACAGAUCAAGUGUCUUUCAUAUUCUGGCUACCAUCUCCGCACUCCGCUCCACAUCAAGUUUAAUCGUAUAAAUAAAUCUUUUGGAAUUUAAACUACA